AUGAAAAGCAAUUCACGUGGUUUGGUUGCCAAGUCAUUGGCACGAGGAUCGCAACAUUCAAUGUACAUCGAUGGUCGGGCAACAGUGACUGGAAAGCGUCGUCAAGCACCGAAAUUAGUUGGAUCUGACAAGGAAUUCCUUCUGUCCUUGAAUUAUCCACAAUUACGCGAAACAGCUCGGUAUCUAGGGCUUCUGCGUGACUGCGAAGUAGAUGGUAAGGUGGAGAGGUCUCGCAUUGAAGCUGUCGUGAUUCAUGAUUUCUUCGAAGAUCCCGUUGGUUACCGAGUUAAAAAGAAUGUCGCGGGACCACCUGUGUUGGAUGCUGAUCUGUUAGACGACUUGUCCGAUGCUUCUUUCAAUGUCAUGGAUGCAUUCGACGGCGAUGGCUGGAGAAACGAUGACGAUGCUUUCUUGGACAAGUUCAAUCUAGACGAAUUCAACUAA